GCCUGCUGACAGAUUCUCGAAGGCGGCGGCGGCGGCGGCGGCGGCGGCCUUCGGCCGCGGGGAAUGGGAAUCUCAGGGCCCUGACUGAGCACCGCCCCCGCCUCCCUGCCGAGACAUGGCUCAGGAGAAGAUGGAGCUGGACCUGGAGCUGCCCGCGGGCACGGGCGCGAGCCCGGCGGAGGGCGGUGGCCCGGGCGGUGGGGGCCUCCGGAGAUCUAACAGCGCCCCCCUGAUCCACGGCCUCAGCGACUCCUCGCCGGUUUUCCAGGCCGAGGCGCCCAGCGCCAGGCGGAACAGCACGACGUUCCCGAGCCGCCACGGCCUGCUGCUCCCGGCCUCGCCGGUCCGCAUGCACAGCAGCCGCUUGCACCAGAUCAAACAGGAGGAGGGCAUGGACCUGAUCAACCGAGAGACGGUCCACGAGCGCGAGGUGCAGACCGCAAUGCAGAUAAGCCACUCCUGGGAGGAAAGUUUCAGCCUGAGUGACAACGACGUAGAGAAAUCCGCCUCUCCAAAGCGCAUCGAUUUCAUUCCGGUGUCUCCAGCACCGUCCCCCACCCGGGGAAUUGGGAAGCAGUGUUUUUCACCAUCCUUGCAAAGUUUUGUGAGUAGCAACGGAUUGCCUCCAAGCCCUAUUCCCAGCCCCACCACCCGGUUUACUACCCGGAGAAGCCAGAGUCCCAUCAACUGCAUCAGACCAAGUGUUCUUGGACCAUUGAAAAGAAAAUGUGAAAUGGAAACUGAUUAUCAGCCAAAGAGAUUUUUCCAGGGCAUCACCAACAUGCUGUCUUCUGACGUUGCACAGCUGUCAGACCCCGGCGUGUGCAUAGCCUCCGAUACCCUGGAUGGAAACAGCAGCAGUGCGGGAUCUUCCUGUAACUCACCAGCGAAAGUCAGCACUACCACCGACUCUCCUGUGUCGCCUGCCCAAGCAGCCUCCCCCUUUAUUCCAGUAGAUGAACUUUCGUCUAAGUAAUUCACCCGUCUUGAACCCCCCUCCCCCAAUGGAGAGAGAGACAGAAUCAAGUUAGAGCAAGCACUGAACUUUGUCGAUUAAGUUGAGGCUGUUUCCUAUUUGACUCUUUCCCUUUUUUUUUUUUUUUUUUUUUUUGAAGUUCCUGAAAUGUUAUUCUAGAGAAUUUCUAUGUCAGGUUCCUGCGGACGCCCUUGAAUUCAGUGUAGUAAUAUUUUCGGACUUUUUAUCAAUAAGUGUGUUGAAGCAUACAUUUUACGCUGCUAAUAUGUCUAAAUACAUAUGUUAUCCCUUGAUUUUUUAAAUAAUUGAGAGCUCUAUUUAUUUAUGGGAUUAUUAAGUUCUGAUGAAAAUAUAAAUGUUGAAUUUCAGUUUAGUAAACUGAUGUUUUAAAAUUCCAUAGUUCAUGGCACACUAAUUUUUAGUGUUUUUAGUGAUUACUGUUUUCCAUCUAUUGAAGAACUUACCUUCUUACAGCUUUAAAGAAAAAUGUUAGUCAUAUCAGUCCAUUGGUUGUCAGUUAACUUAGGAGUCCUUGGAUAUUUAAUGUCCUAGGCACAAAAGUAGAUGAGAGGGGAAAUGCCAAAAAGAAAAAUAACAUUUUUCAGCAAAUAUUUUAAAAUUAAGUAUAUAAAAGUAAACAUUUAAGAAGGACAUUUUCUAACGAAAUUUUAAUAGUGAAGUCACACCAGUAUAACUUCAGAAAUGAAAAGUUUCUUUUUGAAAACAUUUUUAACCAGAAAGUGCAUUCUCUUGGGUAUAAUCCUUAAAGUUCAACGGGACUGUGCCUUGUUGUCUUAGCUCACUGUAGAAGGCGAAGGCAAGGCUCUUGUUCCAUGUAAAACUUGACAUUUGUGAAGUAUAGAUGUUUGGGAAGCCCUAUUGAAUGUUGGGAGAACACCCAGACAGACGGUAUUCUCUCAGUCAUUGAUAGACUUUACUAUCCAGUCAUGUCUUGAUUCUUAAAAUUCUUGCCAAUGAGAAGCCCGAGCAGCAUUUGGCUGCUUUUCUGCUCUGCCCAUCUGUCACCUGCUCAGGAAGGAAGCAGCUGUUUCCUUGCCAACAGGUACUUCCUACCCCCUACCAAGCUAGGACAUAGACCAAGGUACCUCCGACUUGAAUUCUGACGGAGUGAUGCAUCUCUAUGGUUGGAGCUACAUUAGCAACAGUGGAAAUGUAACUUGAAGGCUGAUGGGGUACAGGAGAUCAGUGGAGAGUUGCAACGUAAAUCAUCACUUAGGUUUGCGUAAAGGUGCAGUUAUGGAGUGCUUUUGUUUUGCGAUUAAGAUAAAUGUCAAAUGGUUUUUAUAUUGUACUUUAUAAUACUUCAUCUAUCCUAGAUAGACAAGGCAAGCAGACAGAGACAGAUGAAAUGAAUAACAGAUCAACAGGAAAAGGUUAAAAAAUAAUACUUUAAGAAAGACCAUGACAAAAACUCCUUUUUAAAGUUAUUGCCUACAGAUUUUAAGAAUUAUAUGGAAUUUUUACAACUAUGAGAAUAAAUGGAACUGGUCAACUCUUGACAGUUGCAUCAAGUUUCAGUGAAAUAACAUCAAGGGUAAGGUUGUGUCUGUAUGUGUAACAUUUCUGGGUACUAGUGUAUUUUGCUGACACCCUGACUGUUCCUCAGCUUAAACUUACAUCAUAUCCAGUUUCCUGUGGGGUGCUUGACCUACUUAUAGAGGAACUUUAAUAACUUCAAAACAAGAUUCACCGCCACAUUUAAUGUGUUCUUGCAGGUUGAUGCCAUCGAUGCCUCAUUUCCUAAACUGGAUGCCAUGUGACAUCUGACUUCUUCCUGUCAAAUACAGCGUAACCACCAAGUUCUGUCAGUUUCUUCUAAAGUGUGUCUCAGUGUGUCUCAUGUUCUAUUCCAGCUCCCCUUGUCACCUGCCUUCCUGUGUCUCACCUACCUUAUGGCUUGGUCUUCACACUGGAUCCUGAGUAAUCUUAAUACAUUAUAAACUUGAUUUCUUUCACUUUCAUGCUCAAAACCUAUAUUGUUUCUGUCCUUAUAGUUUAGGUAGUUCUGUAUAGUUUCUGACUAUAAUGACCUGUAGUGGUGUAGCUGUUCCCUAAAGGAGCUCCAGUCCUCUCAUCUCAGAAUUCACCUCCCUCCUGCUGCUGCAGAGACUAGACUACUUGGUAAUCCCUAAAUAGACUACAUAUUCUUACAUGUUUGCACUUUUAAAAUGUAUGUGUUUGUAUAUGUGUGUACAUGUGUGCUGCAUACACACAAUGGUCAGAGGAAAAUAUGUAGAGUUCAUUCCUUUUAUCAUGUGCAUUCUGGGAGUCAAACUCAAGUCACCAGGGGUGUCAGCAAGUUGUCAUGUCUUGCUUUUUGGUAGAUUGUUCUUUCUCCCCCAAUGAUAUUCCAGCAAAUGCCUUUUUAAGUUUGUGUGUGUGUGUGUGUAUACAUGCGUUGUGCACAUGCAUACACACAAAGUCAGAAAGCAGUUUGUGUGAACUGAUUCCUUUUACAGUGUUGGUUCCACUUGUCAGCAGAAGCCUAAAUUUACCCACUGACCCAUCUUGAACCAACCUUCCUACACUUUUUAAUUCCACAUGAACUUCGACUGAAAACUGUGUAUAUAGAUUAUAAAAUACUUAAGUAAUAUAUACAUGUAUAUAGUUAAAAAUAUGCCAUUUACUAUGUAAAUUUCAUUGUCUCUUCCUACAGGUAACAUCUGCUGACAGUUUGGUGUGCACUCUGCAAGCUGUGAUGCUCUGCAUUUCCCUGCAUAUGUAUGUGCAUGUAGAUGCAGGGCAUCAAUAUGCGUUGGCAGUUCUCUCCAUCUCUUUCACUUCAUCUUUAAUCCCUCACCAGGUCUUACUGAUUUUAUCUCCUGGAAUCUAACUCCCGGUUUCAAUCUCUGCUGCCAGCAAGAUCCAGGCUAUUGUAUCCUUCUUGGGCUUCUCUCCCAGUGGUGCUCAGCAUCCUCACUCCUGUUUGCUGUCUCUUCAUUUGCUCAGCGUUACCCUUUUAGUAUUGCUUGUUUCUUACUUUUAUGAGUGUACAGAAUGCAUCGGUUCUGGCUCGGGGCGCUGAAGGAUUGGCCCUUGCCUCUUCCUUGUUUCUGUUCGUUUUUAGUUUCGCCCUCGCUAGUUAGCUCCUCUAUAUGGGUGUUUGCCUGUGUGGGUAUUGUGCACCUUGUGCAUGCCUGGCGCCCACGGAAACCAGAAUAGAGCCUCAGAUCUGGUCUUCGAUAACUGGAGUUACAGACUGUUGUGAGCUUUCAUGUGAGUGCUGGGAAUUGAACUCGGGUCCUCUGGAAGAGCAACCAGUGCUCUCAACCUUUGAGCUGUCUCUCCAGCCCUCUCUUUCUGCUUUUUAAAUGCCUGAUAUUCACUCUUACUGCUUCCUUUCACCAGGUUGUUUUCCUACAAUGUAUGAAAGCCUUUAUUUUCCUAAACUGCUGCUUUUCUGUAGGUGGUAAAUCUUAAGUAAGCUAAGACUCAGCAUUUGUAUGAGUAAUUUACAUCACCAUGGCAACUUGGACCAUUCCUCCUUAGCUCACGUGGACAUUUGCUUCCAAAAACACAUUUUUAAGAUAUUAGUGUCACCGGUUCAGUAACUCUGGCCUAAAGCAAUUAACAGCACUUAGUUAAAGGGCCAUUUUGUCAUAUCUAAUGAACUUCUGCAGUACAUUUUCUUUCCUUGUGGGUGUAAAAUAUAUAUCGUGAAUGAACAAAAUCACAAAUGGUUACCAAACUGGAGGGCUGCUGGAUGCUGGGCCUUUUAAGCAUACUUAAAAGUGCAUGCCCUCCAGAAGGACCUGGGUCAGGUUGCCUUCCAGCGAGUCACAUUGAUUAGUUCAACCCAUUACACAACCUACCUACCUCAAGAGACCACUUGAGAUAGUUGGCAGGGAAGCAAGUAGUCUGAACUUAGUGAAAGGCUGGAUUUUUCCCCCUGUAUUUUUUGGGGGGUGGGGUAGGGAUGGGGAGAAAUUGAUAGAAAAUUAGAUAGGAAGUUGCUAUAAGAUGAGGCAGGGAAGGAAAUGUAAACUACAGUCCUAAGUGGGUUUCAGAAAAGAAAAGACUUGCCCUUGGAAAGCAGAACUAGAAACCUGGUUUUCUUCUUCAAACCGAAUGAAAAGCUGUUGGUUUGCUUCUGCAGUGGUUUGGGGGGCAGAGGUGUGGAGGAAGACUACACAUAGAAUCAGUAGUAAAUUAGCUUCGCAUCUGCUUCCUCCAUCUAGUUAAUGAGGAACAUGGGCUAUUUGAGGGCAGGGUCCGAAGUGAAUUAAAUGAUUAAUGGCCUGAGAAUGUGUGAAGGAGAGGCUUAAGAAUGAAUAGAGGGCUAGGCCAGGCCACAUUGGAUUCUAUUCGCAUCCGCACAACGAGGUGAACCGAACUGACUAGGUUUGGGAGUGAGCUAAGUAGAUACUAGUUAAUGUGAGCUGUGGCACAGUUGUUCCUGGGAAAAGUGCAGUUGAGUGAGAGGCGUUGGGAAUGGUCAGAGGAUGAGUGGGAAGUGGUGCCCCACCUAUUCAUGAUCUAACCUUAUAACCUGUCACACCGAUAUGGAGAACCUGGUCUCACUGCGGCACUUUAAACUGUAAUUUUCACAGUUGAUCUUAUUUAGCUAGAAGAACAGCCCAAGAGGCAAGCUUCCACCUGAACUCCACUUACUUGGUAGACAUUUGUAUCCUACUGCCCCUAAGAACCAAGACACAGUUUGUUGACAACUAAGGAUUUUUUUUCUGAAAAAUUAAAAUAAUCUUUAUAUAAAAUGUAAUAAAAUGCUUUCUGUGUAUCCAGCAUUUUUAGGGGCUAGUUUUCAGUGUAAUCAUUUUACUGUUUACUGAGAUGAUCUUGACCCUUGUUUUUUGAAUGAGGAAAUAGGGGUAGGAUGGUGAGGACACUUGCCUGGGAGUCCGAAGCUGGAAGCUUCGCUGCUGGUUGCAGUGGUUAUGAACGGACUGCAGAGCCAGGCUGCUGUGGUUCAGGGAUCAUUGGAUGGAUGCAAGGACCUAACAACAGUACAGAACAGUGAAGGACAUUGUGCUGACAGCUGUCAUUAUCGUGUGCUUCUGAGCAGUUCUUUCCCUCUGUAACCUCCCUUGGAUUUGGGUCCAGCUCACUGGAACUGCAGAACAAGUCUUAUUUCUCCUUUUUAGCUCCUUUACGAAUCCAGAGCACUGAUCCUUCUCUCAUGGCUACUGCUUGCUCCAGAUUUUAGAGACGUUGGCUACUUUCUUCAGUGAAAUAAGGCCGUCAGAUGACAGUUCUCUCAGGACCCUUUGCCUUACCAGGUGGGGAGGUCAGGGUCAUCUAGUAACAUAAAUUUUUGUUGACAAUAAUAAAAAUAAGCAUCAGUAUUGUAUAUUGUUUAUAUCUGGAAUAUCUCCAUGCAGCAUUCAGUAUGGGCUCAGGCACCAUUUUCAUUAAACAGCUCCCUACACACACACAUACAUCACACUGUUUAACCCUUAUGAUAACCCUCUGAGGCAGAUAGUAUGAAUUUACUAUGACUCAUAUGAGAAAAUCAAAUUUGUCUUUUAAAAUGCCAUUUUUAAUAUUUCCCUUUUGAAUUUAGUUCCUUUUUGUUUUUUCUUGGUUAUUUAUUUUAUUCGAGAAGACCGUUUCCAAGCUAGUUAAUGCACUUGCUAAUUGUGUGAGUGUUACCAUUCUGUUUUUAAAUCAAAUGAUAUAUUUAUUUUGGAAUGACUGUGUUCCAGGAAAUGAUCAGGAAGAUUAUUGUCUUUCAUCAGAGGUGAAAUACUGAUGUGUGUGUAAGGAAAUCAUUCUAAAGCUUCACAUUUUAAACUGAUUUGCUAUUUGAAACCAUAAGAGAUACUCAAACCCUCCCUCUUUUAUUGUUUGGUCUAAAUAAAUAUAAGAUUUGUUAUCCUGUUGAAUAUGGA